CAUAAGAAGUUUAUCUCUGUUUCCAAUACAUUAUUAUCAAAUAUUUCAUCAAUGAAAUUUGCGUCUACGUUUUUGCAACCAGUUAAUGAAAAUGAUGCUCUUAAUUACUACUCCUUGGUAUACGAGCCGAGAGAUUUAAAAACCAUCAAACAAAUGAUUAAAGAUGGGAGAAUAACCAAUUCGAGAGAGUUGGAAAGAGAAAUUUUGUUGAUGUUUUCCAAUGCAAUAAUGUACAAUAAAAGCAAUAGCGAUGUUUACCAGUGGGCCAAGGAGAUGCAGCGAGAGACAGAUGUUUUAAUAAGCUUAUUCAAAGAAGCAGAA